CACACACUCGCACUCACACACACUCACACUCACACAGCUGCAGACAGCUCUCUGCCGGCUAAACCAGCACCUGCCUUCCACAGUCAGCUCACAGCAUCUCUGCUGCAUGACACACACAAAAAGAAAAAUAGCGCUGAAGCCAUUUCAGCCUUUAGUUUUCUCUGUUUUUUUUUCUUUCUGUUGCUGAAUCCCAGUUUGAGCGAGAGAAGAGGAAGUAGUGCUGAAAACCAGCUGAUUCUCAUGUCUGCUGCUUCUCCCUAGCUCACGCAUCACAUCCACACCCACACCCAAGGAUACCCUCCCUGCUUUGCCGCUGCUCUUUUUCCCUUUUUCUCCUCCUCUUCAGUUUCUCCAACUACAUUUUUUUUUUUUAAAUUCCCUUUGGGAUGCUCGCCUGACCUCCCUCCUCUCUGAUCAAAGACUUUUGUGGAUGCUCUUCUUUUUAAUCCCUCCUGUCUCUGCUACUUGGGUGCUACCUGUGGAGGUCCCUCAGUUCUCUGGUUCUUCGCCAGGCAGCCGUCUCCCGGAGUGCAGGCCUACAGAGAGGAACUAUGCUGGGCUUGGACGUGUGUGAGUUUGGGGGUCAAGUGCUGGAGCUGCUCUGGCUAACCAUGUGCUACAGAGGUCUGCUGACUGACAAGAACAAUUUGCCCGUCGGAGAUGAAGACGAUGAGCGGAACCUCAACUACAAUCCGCCGGCUCAGAAAUCACUGCAGGAGAUUCAGGAAAUGGACAAAGACGACGAGAGCCUGGUGAAAUACAAGCAGACUCUGCUUGGGCCAGAAGCCCUGACCGCAGACCUCUCUGGGCCCAAUGUGAAGGUGACCAGACUGACCCUGUUGUGUGAUGACGCCCUUGAACCAGUCACUAUGGACCUGACAGGAGAUCUGAGCACUCUGAAGGAGAAAAACUUCACCUUACAAGAAGGGGUGAAAUACAGGAUAAAGAUCAACUUCAAGGUAAGCAGGGAUAUUGUUUCUGGCCUGAAGUAUCGCCAUGUGACCUACAGGAAAGGAGUCAGAAUCAACAAGCUGGUGUGUAUGGUGGGAAGCUACGGCCCUCGGGCGGAGGACCAGGAGUUUCUCUGCUCCCCUGAUGACGUGCCCAAAGGCCUGCUGUCCCGUGGCCAGUACCUGAUCAAGUCCUGCUUCACUGAUGAUGACAAGAACAUCUACCUAAGCUGGGAGUGGAACCUCAACAUUAGCAAGGACUGGAAUUGAUAGCGUGAGACAGACAAAGCUUCUCUCUUCUCUCUUUUCACACCUGCCCUUCAUCCCCUGCUCCUGUCCUCCCCCUCUGUCAUCUUCUCCUUUCCCUGGUCUAGACAGGAAGCUCUCUUCGCCCUCCUCCGUCUCCUCUGCUUUCUAAACCUUGUUUGUUUAAUGCAUCAUACAGACAGGAGUCCCUCUCUCUGCCUUUUAUCCCUGAAUUAUCCGAACAUUCACUUCUUUUCUUUACUUUCACUUUUCUUUCCCUUCAUAGAAAGUCAGUCCAGCCUGUUCGAAGCACCAAGAGAAGCAGAAUUUAAAUAUGACAACAUGAUUUUGUUGUUGGAAAAGUACAGAUGCAGCUGCAGAAUCAAAUAAUCUGAGUUCCUGCAACUUUUUUUUUCAGUUUACUGAAAGAGGAAAGAGAAACUCAAAAUGUUACAUGUUUGAUUAGCAGACAUACUCAAGGAGACAAGGGGAAAUAUAGGUGUAGAAUAUUUUUGGAUACCAAAGUGGAUCCCUGGACAUGUCAGAAACAGGUCAGAACGUCAGUUUGGAAAGGGGAACUGGACAAAGACAUACAGCUCACAGAGGCAGAGAAACCCCUCAGGGCCAGAGUGCCCUGAUCUGUGUGUGUGGUUUUUUUAAUUUUGUAAUUUUUUUUAUUUUCUAUUCAGUGUGGCUCACACCUGCAGAAUACCAUUGUUUCUGAUGCGUGACAAAGUAAAUGUGCAUCUAAAAGAAUAGAUUAAAAGGAAAAGUUGCACCACUCGCAAGUUUGAGCUGGUUUUACGUUUUUGAUCUAUCUGUAUGUGUAUCACCGUAACACCCCAUCGAUGUCAAAACUUGCUGAGUCAAUGGCAUUUUUCUAUAUCAUUAAAGAAAAAUGAAAUCCGCAGGGCAUUUCACUGAAAGAAAGAAAAAGAGGUGCGUUGAUAUUCUAUGUGUUUACUUUGUAAAUCAUCUGCUUUAACCAGUUGUACAUAAAAUAUCUGUUUGUUGUUGUUCAAAACACACACCAACCGGGGAAAUGAUUGUUCAGGUAAGAUUUUGUUAAAUGUUAAAUUUUUUUCUAAUAAAUCCGUGUUUCAUGAUUCUCUCUGCUACAUGAUAAAGCAUCAGGUCUUCAGGAAGCAAAAUAAGUUGGAAAGUCAAGAAAAACAUUUUAUUUUUUGGUGGAGCAUUUGAAUGUUUCGUUUGCUUUCAAAGCGACAGAUUUUUUCAUGUGUUUGUGGCGCUUUUUGAAAGAGCACACUAGUGAACGACUUUAACUGAACUGUGUAUAUUGUAGAAAGAGAUGCAUGUAUGUCCUUUAGGAUUUGAUACUAUUCUCUCUGAAACAAGAAAAACAAAAAAAGAACUAAAUCUCUCCUAUCCAAGGAUACAAGAUGUGAAUGAGAUUAUGCAAUGUGGCUAGAAGGUACUGGAGGAGGAGAACAUGGAUAUUCCUGAAAAAAAUAAGAAAUAUCAUUACUGUGCUGAGUCUUUGGAUAUGCUUUCGUCAUUGUAGCUGAACAUAUUCAACACUGAAGUACCAUUUGAGUGAAUCGUUGUGGUCUAAGACUAACUGUAAAUGUUGGCUUGUUGGGUGUUGCAUGGUUUAGCAAGAUUCCUUCCUUCCUUUUUUUUUUUACAACUUUAUUCUGAAACUUAAUGUGACAGAAAAAAAAAGAAACUACGGGUGAAUAUCCAGAUGGCAGUGGUUGCCAUAAGCCGUGGAUACAGUAUUUACAGGGAUGGUUUUAAAGGCACAGAGCUGGAAAAAAGCUGCCUGUGCCUCCUGUAACAAUCAAGUCCUGCAUCUUCAAAUAGUGGUGUCAAAUCUAGUAUCCUGUAUCGUUCAAUAAAGGCAAUU